GUGGAAUAUUCUCAACAGUCAUCUUAUCUGUAACAGGGGUAGCAACGGGAGCGAGGACAGCAGCAACAACAGGAGUAGCAGCAGUAGUAGAGAAAACUGCUGCUGAAAAUAAAGAAAAAGAAGCUGCCAUAUUAUGGGAAACUUUAAAUAUGAGACAGAGACAAGUGAUUGAUAAAUCAAGCAAUUUACUAAAUAAUGUUACCUCGAUAAUUCCAAAUUUAAAUGAUCUUGAAGGUUUCUGGGAGACUCAGAUUGGUCAAUUAGAAAAUCUUAUUGAGCAAUUUAAAAAUUUAAAUGGGCAUAGGCCUCGUCCUAGUAAAUUAUUUAUUAAACGCUUUGAAAUAAAAUAG